UCAUUUGAUUCUAUCCUUUAGGCAAGAGGAAUUUGCUUUGUCGUCGAGGGUCCCGGCAUCCCCAAAUACCUCUUCGUUCUACCACACUCCGUUUCUCUUUUGUACUCUAGUUAGUCUUCUUCGAACAGGGGAAGCCUACAGUCAUUAACAGUGCUCGUGGAAUACUUCAACAUCCGUAUUUAUUUCUCCCAGCAGUCUGUGAACAUUCAAGAUUUGUAUUAAGCACCUAAAGAUUGUUCCAGCCCCCUGCGGCGAGGAGCCGCCUCCAUCUCGGCGCCACGUGUGCUCCCAAGCCAACGUGCGGCGCGUGCACGUGCUGCCCGGAGGCCGCGCGGCGGGGCGACCGCAGGGCGAGGGCCGCGGCUGCGCGCAUCCAGCCUUCGCGGGAAGGGGAGGGGGAGGGGUCAAGGCCUCCUGAACGGGCGGCGGCGGCAGAGGGGAUAUGAGCGGCUCAGGAGGCGCUGGCGACGGCGACGGCCUACAGCCCGGCGAAGACAUUCGCCCGCCCCUGGGCCUCGCCGAGGCAGCCCGGCUCGCCAGCGCCCUCUAUGGCCUGCCGCGGGACCUACGCGUGCGCCAGCUCAACGCGUACGACGACAAGAAUUUCCACCUGCAGGUUCCAGGAGAAGUCAAGCCCUCAAACUUUUGGGAGCAUGGUUAUGUCUUGAAAGUUCUUAAUUCUCUCGACUCAAAAAAUCCUGAAAGAAUAGAGGCCCAGAAUGAAAUAAUGACUUAUUUAGGUUCAAAAGGUAUUACAUGCACACAACCUGUACAAAAUAUUUAUGGAAAUUAUUAUUCCCUAGAGAAAAUUAACACUACAAAUAAAGAAGGUUCAGAAAGUGGACACAAGAAAUACAUUGUGAGAUUAUUAACUUUUCAGCCAGGGGAGAUUCUACACAAUGUUCCAUGUACAUCUUCUCUAUUAUAUGAGUUAGGAAGUUAUGUUGCAAAGAUAAACAUAUUACUGAAGGUAAGAACUAUUAAGAAGUUAACCAGUUUGGACAAGUGUGAUCAUGAAAUAAAAAUUGAUCUAAAAUCAAUAUUUCUAAAAAAUGUAAUUACGUUCUGCAAGGACUUCCAACAUCCAGGUCUUCAUAAUCAAAAUGGCAUUUGGAUGCUUGAAUCUGUCCCAAAAGUUAAGAAAUUUACUUUUGCAGUGCAAGAUAUACAGAAACAUUCACUGGCAUCUGAUGUUAUUGAAGUAUUCGAAAAGGACAUUGUCCCUAUUAUCCCGACUUUAGAGAGAGGACUCUUACAUGGAGAUUGCAAUGAACAAAACAUUCUGGUACAGAAGUCACCCACCAGCGAUGACUGGUGUGUAUAUGGAAUCAUUGACUGGGGUGACUGCCACAUUUCAUGCUAUGUGUUUGAACUUGCAAUUAUGAUUUGUUAUAUGAUGCUUCAGUGUAAACUUUUGGAUCCACUGGAAGCUCCUGGUCAUAUUCUUGCUGGAUAUAUUACAAGACGAAAGCUUCCAGAGAUAGAAUUUCAACUUCUCAAGAAAUGUGUAUGUGCUCGACUGUGCCAAAGCUUGGUUCUUGGAGCAUAUUCUUUUGCCCAAGAUCCAAGUAAUAAGUAUGUUUUAACAACAGCAGCGAAUGGUUGGAAUUUACUAGACAAAGUUUGGAAUAUGCCAGAAGAAAUUCUUUACAAGAAAUGGAAAGAAGUAAUACAGACCUACUCAAAAUAGAUUGAUUUUGACAAUAUUUUGAGACAUCAUCUACAUAAUUAAGAACAGAAUAAAUAUAAUUCUUAAUUUUACAUUUGGCAAGCUUUCAGAAAACUUAGAUAAAAUCAUAUUCAUUUUUGUGUUUAAUUUUUUACGGUGUUUUCUUUUCUAGGUAAUGCAUCUUUUAAGAUGCUUCACCUUAACAAUUUAAAACAAUGUAACUUCUUUUUUAAACAUACUACAUACACUGUCAUCUUUUUAAUCAUAAGUUUUUAUUUCACUUUCCUUUACAUUCCUAGUUUCCUUUUAAACAGUGCAUGGUACGGCUCCCACAAUAAACAAGAAUUAUUUUCUCACUGUAAUAAUGGAACAAAUAGGAUAAAUCUUAAUUUUCUUAUAAAAAGAGUAAAAUUGAACUUUUGUUUUAUUAAUGUUUAUUUAAAACAAUUGAUCAGAAGACCUGAGGCAAUGCUGGUGGACUGGUUUUAUUGCUAGUAUUCCAUAUGCAGUACAUUUCUUUCUCCACCAGUCUAAACAAAAUUCAUACUGUGAGUUUGUGGCAACUUUUCUCAGAUUUCUCACAUCUCUCAAUUCUCAUUCAUUUCAUUUCCUCUCUUUCUCUUGCUACAUAACCUACUAUUCAUCAGGGCAUUUCACCUCCAUGUGGCCACAAAACAUAAGAAUAAUGAAACUCUAUAUAGAAAAAGAAAUGAAGGAAUAUCUCAUGACAAUUUGCAAUAGGGCAAUAGCUUUUGCAGCAUAGAUCAUUUUUAUUUCUUCAAACACAACUAAUACAUUGAGAAUUUUGAAAUAAAUCACAAACAAAUUAAAAAUUCAAUACUUAUAAAUGCAUGAUUGUGUAAUGCAAAAACUAGGCUUCACUUAAAACGAAUGGACUGAAUCUCCAAAAUUUCUUACUUUAGAUGCUAUAGAGGAAGUUCACAUCAGAAUCAAGAGUAACAAAGAAAAAGGCAAAACACACAAACAGGUAAGUAAAAAAGAUACUGACAUAUAGAGAUGGAGAGAAUGUGAAAUACCUAAACUAAGAUUACAAGAUUGGAACACCUUAAUGAUUAAUGAAAUACUGACUUGAAAUGAACAGGUCACAACGAUCCAAAUCUCAACUGUUAAUGAUAAAUGAUGAUAUUAGUCUGUAAAACCUAGAAAAAUAAAAAUGUAAUUUUGACAAACUUUUGUGUCUCAUACCUCUCAAAGUCUAAACAUUUUUAACCUAGCCAAUACAACAGUAAUCAUUCUGCAUGUUUAAAUCAUCAUUUAUGACAGAGAGUAGUGUAUUACUACAUUACAUUGUAAUAAAUUGAUUCACACUGAUGGGAAGGGAAACAUUAAAAUUCAUUACCAUAACAUUUUGUAACUAGUGUAACUUCAUUCAAGGAUAUGAAUUUCAACCCUCAAAUUCAUCUCCACAAAUAUAAUAAUACUUAGAAGCAAAUUCAAGCAGUGUCAAUAACUUUCUAAGAAAGAGAGCUAUGGCUAAAGAUGCACCGAGACAUUUGAUGAGUUUCUUGACCACACUCAGAGAAAGCACUUUUUCUGCUAGGUCAAAAAAAAAAAAAAAAAAAAAAAGAGAGAGAAAGAGAGAGAAAG